UGCCAGCAGGCAGGGCAAAGGGUAGCUCCCUGCAGAACUGGCUGCGAGCACAAACCACAGUCACAUUGAGACAGUAGACAUUGAAAGUGAGCUGUCUGCAGUAGGAACUUCUGUUUCUGAUCCAGAGGGUCCGGCUACAUCCCGAGGCUUUCCUUCUCAUCUUUCGGGCCAGGAUAAAGGAACAGCUUGGGCAUCAAAAAUGGAUGAAAAGGAUGUACUAACUCAUCCUGAUAAGGAGGAAAUCAAAUGCAUACCUCAUGCUUCUUACACGGAGAGUACACACAAAGACAUUGCUAUCUCUGCAGCCCUCACUUUUCCUGCAAAACUCUGGGUACUGCUCAAAAGUCACCAGUUAAAGAGCAUUUGGUGGGGUCAGAAUGGAAGCUGCAUUGUAACUGACAAAGAAAUAUUUCAGAGCGAAGUACUGGGAAAGAAAGGAUCUCUGAGAGUCUUUGGGACGAGUAUGAAAAGCUUUAUUCACCAGCUUAAUGUGUACGGAUUCACAAAAAGGCAGCGUGACUUCAAAACAUCUCCCUCGCUUCCUGAGUUUCUGGCAGAGGAAGAGGUGUUUGCAGCUCACAGGAAGUUACUUUGCUACUACAGCCCACACUUCAGGAAAGAUCACCCAGAGCUGCUGGAACACUGCAAGCGCAGAGUUGCCCAAAAGAGAAGAGCUAUGGCUGCCCCCAGCCCACAGGAAGAGCUGAACGAGGGCCCCCCGAGGAGCAGCCCAGAUGCCCAGCCCAUGGAGGGAACAGCUGCUGGGCCAGAGAAGAGCCUGCUGCCAGCAGAUCCACAAGCGGGCACACAGACAGUGGCAUCCAUGGGGCCUCCACCACCCAAGCAACCCAAGAAAGCCCCUACCCAAGCCCAAGCAGGCAGCGCUCCAACUCCUCCAGACCCUGCUGCUGCACCAGGGAGGGAAGAGUGCCAGCCUCUGGCCCCCUCCCCGCUGCCACCAAGCAGCAGUCCCACCUUGGGUGCCGCUUCAGCUCCUCCAGCUUACAACACUCUGCCCUUCAUGGCACCCACUCUUACACCUGGCUCAAUGUGGCAGGCAUUUCCCCAGCCCCAGCAGGAAUCAGAGCUGCAGGAUCCUGGGGCUGCCCUGCAUUACCUCAGCCAAUGCUUUGCCAUGGCCAUGUUGGCAGCAGCCAACAUGCACCUGCAGCUCCCACAAAGCAGCCCCACAUUGUCCAACAUGCACCUGCAGCUCCCACAGAGCAGCCCCACAUUGCUCCAAAUGCACCUGCAGCUCUGACGGAGUAGAUGUAGAAGGGCAGCCGGAACCCUAGCACGGAACCCACUGCACAUAGCAGGGACAGCCGCACCCAUUUAUAGGUUUGUAACUUCCUACUUCAUAGACAGAUGUUUCUGGAAAUAGGAUGUUUGAAUAAUAAAACUUUUCUGUUGCCAUGUCCUUUUCAUUCACUCAUUCAGGUGACAUCUCAGAUCACAUUUUCAUUCUGUCUUC